CACCACCACCACCUCCAGAGUGUUUACGUUGGGAGUUCAGGUCAGAGUCUGUCGCACCCUCGAGGACAGGGGAAGCCUCAGUGUGUAUCUGGCAGCCGUGUGACAAACCCGACAGGUCAAUGGUGUUUUCCUUCCACGUGUAUCGUAAGAGUGCCCCCAAUGGCAAGCUGUCGGUGUACGUGGGUCGGCGAGACUACACCGACCACCUCACUCAUGUCGACCCUAUCGACGGAAUGGUGUGGUUGGAGCGGGAUUACGUGAAGGAGCGGCGAGUGUUCGCUCAGGUGGUCAUGACGUACAGGUAUGGGCGGGAGGAGGACGAGGUGAUGGGCCUUACUUUCGCCCGGGACAUGGUGGUAGCCUCGGCUCAAGUCUAUCCACCGUCGCCACUCACCAAAUCCCCCAACAGUCUCCAGGAGCGUCUGCAGAAGAAGCUGGGAGUCAACUCUUUUCCCUUCCACCUGGAGAUGCCCCGCAGUGCCCCAGCUUCUGUUACCCUGCAGCAAGAUAAAGAGGAAACUGGUCGGCCCUGCGGCGUCCAAUGGGAACUCCGGAUCUUCGUAGGGGCCAACGCGGAGGACCAACCACAGCGGCGCUCCUGUGUACGUCUCCUAAUCAGGAGGUUCCAGUACGCCCCGGCCAAACAGGGACGCAAGCCCACCGCCUCGUGCACCAAGGAGUUUCUUCUGUCACCUGGCAAGCUGCACCUACAGGUUGCUCUUGACCGCCAGAUCUACUACCACGAGGAGGCGGUGAAGGUGGCGGUGACGGUUUCCAAUCAGUCCAACAAGCAGGUGAAGAAGGUGAAGGUGAGCGUGGUGCAGCUGGUGGAGGUGUCCCUGGGUCCCGCAGGCCACGUCAGGAACACCGUGGCCAGCAUCGAGUCCCAGGAUGGCUGCCCAGUGGUCCCCGGGGCUGGACUCACGCGCAGCUUCAGCCUCACCCCCACGCUGCGACUCAACCAGCAGAGGCGCGGCGUAGCAGUGGAUGGCAGACUGAAAUCGGAGGACACAAACCUGGCGUCCUCCACUCUGUUCACGAAUCCUGACCACCGAGACAAAUUUGGCAUCGUGGUGUCGUAUGUGGCUCGGGUGAAGCUCAGCAUGGGAACGCUGGGAGGCGAGUUGGCUGCCGAGGUGCCCUUCACGCUCAUGAACCCGCCGCUGGAGGAGACUGGGGGCGGGGAGGCUGCCGAGGCUCAGAGGGACGACACGGACAGGUCUACGCGACUCAUCAUUGAGGAGUGCCGCCGCCUGUCCCUCUCAGACCUCCUCGAGCCGCAGAAAUCCGAGGACUCCAUGGAUAAGGAAGACAAGGAGGAGAAGGAAGAGAAGGAGGAACAUAAGGAGGAUGUGGAUGAGGAUGACGUGUUCAAGACCCAGCAGCCAGUCCCACAGGUCGUGCCGCCGGUGGAGUGACGAGGAUGAGGGCGAGGAAGACGAGGAAAUGGUGGUGAUUCUUUUUUUUUUCCUUCUUUUUUUUUUUUUUUUUCUCAAGCGAUCCUGCCUAGUCUCAAAAUUACCGUCCUGGUAAGGGAGGUUCGUGGCAGGCAUGGACGAGGCUCGCUUGGAUCUAAUACUCUAGGUUACAGUAUUAAUAGGGUACUAGUACUGCUACAUCUGUUGUGUCACGCCCGCGGCUCUGUCUGUCUGUCUGUCUAUCCCACUGGAAAAGUACGUACGUGUAUGAGUAGGAAGACAAGAGACUUUUUUUCAGUAAUAUAAACUUGACUCUCUCUCUCUCUCUCUCUCUCUCUCUCUCUCUCUCUCUCUCUCUCUCUCUCUCUCUCUCUCUCUCUCACACACACACACACACACACACACACACACACGAGAAAAAAAAAUUUCAUUUCUCAAUUUUCCAUAUUCUGGCGAUCAAAUAGUGACUGUGAACUGCGAUCAAUAUGCAUUAUACUUAUCUACUAUACCAAAUGUAUUUGAAUAAAGAUAUUUAUGGACUAAAA